CUUUCUCUCACUCUUUCUUUACUGCUAGCAGAAAGACGAAGAACAUCUGAACUUUUGCUGUUUAAUCAUCUGCAAAGCGAAUAAGUUGAAGAAUUCUUUGCGGGAAUAGAGCGAGGUUGUGAUGAGAGAGAGGAUUGCAGGCCAAUUAAAAAAAAAUAACAAACCCACUUGAAGACUGCAAUAGUCAUACAUGUUCACACAAUCCAUGUCUCAUGGCCCGGGGGGGUCAGGUGUGCUUCUUGGCCCAGCCUGCAUCUUUCUGAGAGGGAAGAACAUUGAGCGGAAACUUGUAGCUGAAGAGAUAGAAGAGUUGCGACAGGCCUUUAUCGAGUUUGAUAAGGAUAAAGAUGGGUUCAUCAGCUGUAAAGACUUGGGCAACUUGAUGCGGACCAUGGGAUACAUGCCCACAGAAAUGGAACUGAUCGAGCUCAGCCAGAACAUCAACAUGAACCUUGGAGGCCAAGUAGACUUUGAGGAUUUUGUGGAACUCAUGACUCCUAAACUCUUAGAAGAGACAGCUGGAAUGAUUAGCCUAAAGGAGCUAAAGGAAGCAUUUCGAGAGUUUGACAUGGACGGUGAUGGCGUCAUCACUAUUGAUGAGCUGAGGCAUGCGAUGAAGAAACUGCUUGGGGAAAACACCAACAGGAAGGAGAUUGAAGCUGUGGUCAGGGAAGCUGACAAUAAUGGAGAUGGAACAGUGGAUUUUGAAGAAUUUGUCCAAAUGAUGUCACAACAUUAAAAAAAGAAGAAACCGAAGAGGAUUUGAAGAGGUUAAACAGAAUAGACAAAAAACAGCAACGCAAACAUUGAACAAGUAGCAUUGAUUAUCUUGGCCUAAUUUAUCAAACUGGGCAUGAAUGGAUUUAAUUAUAAAUCAUCCAUGUGAGGAAAUUAGAUAUUCAUAAAAAUCCCAACAAUUUUAAAUACAUAUUCAAAUUGGAUCUGCAGUCAUAUCCUAAUUAAACUUAUAAAUUGUAUGGAUUACUACACUUUUGUAUGUUUUUAUGUUUUUAGUAUAUAUUAAAUAUACUGCAGUUUAAAUUAGGGGAAAAAAGCCUUAAUCAAACAAUUAGGUUACUGUUUAUUAUGUAGAUGUAUGUGCUGACAGGCCUUUCUGUCUAAACAAAGCUAUAAGCCUCAGCUUAUUAUUAUUAAUAUUCCAUAUUAUUGAAAAAAUUUAUUGGCAUAGAAAGGAGUCCAAAUAACAUACACAUUUUUUCCAGUCUUUAAUUUCAUUUUAUUCAGUUUGUGGAGCUCUGGGUGUGCAAGUAAAUAAGAUGAAAAGGUGUUUCUUUUAAAAAUGAAUAAGAAUAUGUUUAUUUUAAUGUGGCUUUUACAAACUUUUGCACACGACUUCUCUAGAACUGCACACCUGAAUGGGUUUAUAUAAGUGAGCUUUUUAACAUACUAGGAUAUUUUAUCAGUAUAUUAUAUAUUUUAUGUCUCAAAAAAUUUUGAGGUUGCACUUAUUUUCUAAGCAAUUGAAUUUUUUUUUUAUUAUACCUAUGGGCCUCUGUGUGUAUGUGUAUCUAUGUGUGUGUGUGUGUGUGUGUGUGUGUGUGUGUGUGUGUGUGUGUGUGUGUGUGUGUGUGCACUCUGAUGGCUACUGGUUGGGUGUUUAGUAAAUCCCUGCCUUCCAUCCACAUGCCAGAUUUGUCUUUUUUUUUUUUUUGCAUUCACACAUACAUCUGCCAUUUUAUAUUUUACUUGAGCAGAAAACAUUCAAAUUUUCCUUGAAUGAAAUUUGGGUGCAAAGACUACAUCACCAGGAUGAACUGAAUUACCAGAAACAAGACAAACCUAAAGAUCCUAAAUGAAGGCAAAAUAAAUAGAUGCAAUGUCUACUAAUAAAAUAGAACAUUCUAUAUUAAGUUGAAGCAUUCAUCCUGAUUUGGAGGGAUUAAGCACCCACUCCCUUCCACUGAAUGAAUUACUUCUUUGGUGGAUAAACCUGAAAUGUUAGCUGACAGCUGUGCACCCUUGAGUGUUUUGCACGAAUUAGGAUAAAUCCAUAAUUUUAACAAAUCCCAUUCUGUUUCAGGAAGCAUGUGAAUCCACAACGACAGUAGUGGAGGUCAGUUGUGGGACUCAGCGUCUAACAGCUAGUCUGAGAAUCCUGUUCGCGUUGAUCUGGACAUUAAGCAGACAGGCUAUAAGCAAUAAAUGCUCCUCAAAAUCUACCUACAUGCAUUUUGAAAUAGUAGUGAUUCUUAAUGUGUUAUAGUGCAAAAGAUUUUAAUUUAGAAAAACAGUUUUUUGUUUUAGCACACGAAACAAAGAAAAUUAUAUCACAACGUGAAUUUGGACUACAUUAAACUGUUAAUAAAUUCAAGAUUUUAGACGAGAAUAAACUUUGUUUCUCCAAACAUUUAACUUAAGUUCUCCAGGCUUAUAGCUACUCUAUAAAGCCAAAGGCUUGUGGACACCUGAACAUCACUACCAUGUAAUUUUUUCACCAACUGUUGCCACACAGUUAGAAGAAUAUAACUGUACAGGAUGUUUUUUCCAUUGACUCAAACUAUCAGACUUAAACCUGUUACAAUAUGACAAUGUCCAUAUUUACAAAGCAAUCUCCUUGAAGAAACGGUUUGCCAAAAGUUGUCGAAAAUCCUUACACGUUUUUACACAGAGCCCUGACCUCCUCCCUACAAAACACAAGCAAUAAAGUAAAAAAAAAAUAAUAAUUUUGGCAAUAAAGAUGUAUCUAACUAAGGUCAGUACCAGACACCUGGGAGCUGCACAAAGCACCACAGAUAUCAAGUUAAUCUAUUAACUAUCUAUCUAUCCUUUUCUGUCAGUACAAUAUACUCAUAUUUCUUCUUAAACGUACCGUUUUAAGCACCUCCAAAGUGGAGCAACUGUUAGUGACUCAUCCUGUACCUUUACCAAACAACUGAAAUCAGGCAGUGAAACAACCAUCCAUAACAAGCUUGAACAAGAAUGCCGACUUUGUUCAGUGUCAGACUGACAGACUGUAAUUAUAUAGUUGUCGGUAUCUGUUAACUCAUGCUAAAUAAAGUAGUUUACAGUCUUUGCCAUGUGCGUUCAGUUUUCUCUUAAACACAGAAUGAGCAGAUGUUUGAAAAGAGGCCAUGACUUCAUAUGCCUUAAAGGAAACAAAGGUUACCGGUGAUAGAAGAUAUUCAACUAUGUUGACACAAACAAGUGUGAACAAAGAAUAAAAAAAUAGAAAGAAUAAACUUUUACUCUUGCAAUUUGCAAAAAAAAUUAUAAUUAAGAAAUCUCAUCAUGCUGGCACUUUGAAAAAGAAAACGGAUGAGGAUCCGUCAUUUUGUUGUUUGUUAUUUUAAAUGUAGGGUCAUUCACCUGGAGAGACUAAUGACUAAUUUGGAAGGAAAUAUGAAGGAAACCAGAAAUGUAUUAAAAUUUAUUUAUUCCAAAUACAAUUGGAUAACAUUAAGAUGCUUCAGCAAAGCGAAUUCUUUAUGAUUGUCUGUUCUAAGAAUUAUUCCCAGACUUGGAAGAAUUAAUUAAAUAUAUUCCCACCCACUUUGCCUGCAGCUCCAGAUGUAUUAGUGAGCCAAGUAAGCAGCUCUGAUGCUUUGCUAAUAAUCACAUCUGUUGCCUCUCUCACUCAUAUACACCAUUUAUUUAGUUCAUAAAUGUGAAAUUACCAAUGAAUAUUUGUGUAAAAACUUGUGCGCAUAUGUGUUUGUGCAUCAAAAAGAAUAAACUGAUAUACAGUAUUUUGGAGUAUUUUUGAUAUGCAAUUCUGGAGAACUGGGUCACGACAUGUUUUCAAUAUACUGUUGGCUCCAGAAGUAUUAAAUGUAAAAACAAAUGAUAUCAUUAGAUGUAAAAUGUAUAACAUAUCAACAGGAUGUGUCAUGUUCACUGGCAGCUAUGAUGAUGUCACUGUUACUUGUCUUAAUUUCCUGUAACCUCCCAGGAAACAGUGUGGGAGUUUAAUGCUGUGGUAAAAUGAGGGUUUAUGAGAAACUUGUUUUUUGUUGUUCCAUGUUCACUUUCAAUAGUAUUGUUAUAUAUAUACAUGCAUGCACUAUAUUUUCAAAAGUAUUGGGUCACCUGGUCAUAAGUAUGUAACGUGAUUUUUGAGCAUUGCAUUCCACAUUUAGUCCCAAUUUGCUCUUAUAAUUCCCUCCACUGUUCUAGGAAGAUGUUGCUCUAGUUUUUAGAGUGUUGUAUGUAGGUGAUGUAGGUGAGGAGGCCUGGGGUGCAGUCAGCGUUCCAAUUCAUCCCAAAGGUGUUCAGUAGGGAUGAGAUCAGAGAUCUAUAGCAGGCUACUCAAGAUCUUCCUCUACAAAGCAUGUAAACCAGAUCUCCAACGAGCUCAGUUUGUGCAAAGGGGAAUCGCCAUGCGGGAAUGGGUUUGGGUUUCCAAGUCCAAAUGAAUGCAAAUUAUUGGGCAUCUAAAGUCAUCUACAUAUUGCAGAACCGGUCAGGUGACCCAAUAAUUCUGCCAAUACAGUGUAUAUUCUUUACUAAUUCACUAUUAUCCCACACCACUGCUGAGUUGUCAUUUCCAAUUCUUCAAAAGGGAUUGAUUAAUUAUUCUUAACAUUCACUCUCCACAGAUCUUCCAGCAGCAAUCAAUGGUGUAUGUAUUAGUAUUCAUUUGCUCAUUUUAAUACAUUAUCUUUUCUAUAUUAACAGCCAUUUGAAAUUGAUUUGGAUAGCAGAUAAUCAACAUAGACUGUGUUAUUUAAUAAAGAAAUAUAUAUAA